GAGCCUGUCGUUGGGCGCCAUCUUUGACGCUGGCAGUCUUCGAUUUCUGCUGGUGCUGCUGCUGUGAGGACGGCGGGCGGCAGUAGCUAAGAAAGAAGAAAGACGUGGCAGCGAGCGGGCGUCGGUGAUAGUGUCGGCGGUUCGGUAAAGUUUCUGUUUUCUGAUUUGGGGAUAUUCCCUGCCCAAAAAUUUCCUGGAAAAUUGACUAGUAUUAAGUGUGAGUAAAAGGUGUCCACUUUUUUUUAAGUUUUGAUUUUAGUUUUGUCUUGGAUAGUAUUUGGCAAGAUUUAGCCUAGAGACUAUGUAGUAUUUAUUAUUACAUGAGAAUCAAAAUUGCUUUGUUACUGGGCUGGUUUCAAAAUUUAGAGCUCAUUUCUAUGUAUCAAAUUUGUUUUUUGUUUUUGUUUAUUUUUUUAAUCUUAAAUGGUAAAUGUACCAUUGUGAAAUGAAAUUUCAACUUCAGAAGUUUACCCUUUUACCAACUGGAGUAAAUUAAUAAUUACAAAGUCUUUAGUUGUAGCCAACACUAGUAAAAAUUUGAAACCAGGUUGCAUAAGCACGCCUGUACAGGGCCAGUAUUGGAUGUCAUGCUAGUGACCCUGGUACUGGUCUAAAAGAAGAUAAAGGUCUUCCCUUAGGUAGAAGCGUUCUGCAUUUUGACAGCGCCAGUUCAGGAUGGCUGUAAUGCUGCCCUGCCUUCCACAGCUUGCUGCGCCACUCUCUAGUUACUCUGUAGCUAUAUGCUUCUAUCUUUUUUGGUUAAACACUCCUUGAAGAUGAUGAUGAUGAUAUACAUACAUCCAUAUUUAUACACAUUGAUACAUGUGUAAGGGUUUCCCUUCAUGUUUAUUUUGUGGGCUGGGCAAAAUUUAGUGUAACGUAUUAAUAUACUUUGUGAUACUUUGGUGUAAGAGUAAGUUCACUAUUUUUAUAAUGAACCCAAAUCUAAAGGCUUUUAUAGUGUAUUUUAAAAGGGAAAACUUACCCAAUUGUUUUAUUUCUACACAUUUGUGUAUAUGUGUGUAUGUGUAUAAGCCAGUUAGUAUAUAUGUAUGUGUAUGUUAUAUACAUAAAACACUUCAUAUUUUUACAUACCAGUAUGCUUUUAUUAUACAGAUAAUAAAGAUGGGGGAAGGUUUCUGUUUUUUUCUUAAUAGGUGAAGAAAUCUUGAAGACCAGAAAUUGGAUCUUAUUGAAUUUUGGUGUUCUUUUCCUUUUUUCUUUUUCUUUUUUCUUUUUAAAUUAUAUUGUUCGUCUAUGGAAGAUGGAUUUUUUUUUUUCAAUAAUCGUUUGAGUCUCAAGUUCAUCUUUAAAUGAACUCUUUUGUUUUUUCUUUUGUUUUUGUUUUUGAGGAGAUAACUAACUCUAGCUGUCUCCAGCUGACAAAGGUUAUACAAAUGGACUUUGUCUCCCAAUAGUUGGGAGAUGUUUUAAAAACACUUCUUGUGUUUGAAUUGUGGCUGAGAGGUUUCCUUGGCAAUGUGAGGAGGAAAAUUCUUUCUGCCUCAUUAUUAUUAAUUCAUGGAUUGAGUGUUGGUUCGACCUACAGGCGUAAUAGAUUGGAACUCAGUGAAGACACAGAGAUUCCUGUUGAGAGCAACCAGCUAAUGAUUACGUUUUAAAGACGAUUUCGGUGAUUGAGUUGACUUUUGGAAGAUUAAACCCAUUUCAGGAGGACUUGGAGCUGGUCCUCACCUUGAGGAAGUAGUGGCUUGUUUUCAAGAGCCACUGCUGAUCUGAGGUUCUACCCAGCAUGCCUAAUCAAGGAGAAGACUGCUAUUUUUUUUUCUAUUCUACAUGUACCAAAGGUGACAGCUGUCCUUUCCGUCACUGCGAAGCUGCACUAGGAAAUGAAACUGUUUGCACAUUAUGGCAAGAAGGACGCUGUUUCCGACAGGUGUGCAGGUUUCGGCACAUGGAGAUUGAUAAAAAACGCAGUGAGAUUCCGUGUUAUUGGGAAAAUCAGCCAAUGGGAUGUCAAAAGCUAAACUGUGCUUUUCAUCACAACAGAGGACGUUAUGUUGAUGGCCUUUUCCUACCUCCAAGCAAAACUGUGUUGCCCACUGUGCCUGAGUCAGCAGAAGAGGACGCGAAGGCCAGCCCGCUCACAGUUCAGCAGAGCAAAUUGUCUGUCCAGUCCAAUCCCUCCCCUCAGCUGCGAAGCGUUAUGAAAGUAGAAAGUUCAGAAAAUGUUCCUAGCCCCACACAUCCACCAGUUGUAAUCAAUGCUGCAGAUGAUGAUGAAGAUGAUGACGAUCAGUUUUCUGAGGAAGGUGAUGAAACCAAAACACCUACACUACCAACUCCCGAAGUUCAUAAUGGAUUACGAGUGGCUUCCGCCCGGAAACCUGGGGUCAAUUUAAAGCAAGGUGAAUGUUUGAAUUUUGGAAUAAAAACUCUUGAGGAAAUUAAGUCAAAGAAAAUGAAGGAAAAAUCCAAGAAACAAGGUGAAGGUUCUUCGGGAGCUUCCAGUCUUUUACUUCAACCUCAGCCCAUUCCAAGUCCUGAAAAAGAGAACGUCCGGACUGUGGUGAGGACAGUAACUCUGUCCAGCAAACAAGGAGAAGAACCCUUGGUAAGAUUGAGUCUCGCCGAGAGACUGGGGAAGAGAAAGUUUUCAGUAGGUGGUGACAGCGAUCCUCCACUGAAGCGUAGCCUUGCACAGAGGCUAGGGAAGAAAGUCGAAGCUCCAGAAACAAACACUGACAAAGCACCAAAAAAAGUUCAAGUUUCCAAGUCUCUGAAAGAGCGAUUAGGCCAGUCAGCUGGUCCGAACGAGGAGGCAGCAGAGAGAGUUACUAAAGUUGGUGAGAUCCAUGUGAAGACAUUAGAAGAAAUCCUUCUUGAAAAAGCUAGUCAAAAACGUGGAGACCUGCAAACCAAACUCAAGACAGAAGGACCUUCCAAAGGCGAUGAUUCUUCUUUAGGAACAAGAAGCUCCUCCUCCACUGUCCGAAUCAAAACCUUCUCUGAGGUCCUGGCGGAAAAGAAGCAUCGGCAGCAGGAAGCAGAGAGACAAAAAAGCAAAAAGGAUGUAACUUGCGUCACUCUAAAGACUGUUGGGGACAUUAAAAAAACAGUGGUUUUGCCACCCAUGGUUGUCAGCAAAGGACAAUUGGAGGAGCCUGCAGGUAGAACAAAGCCUAUCCAGGAGGUGCAUAUCAAGACGCUGGAGGAAAUUAAACUGGAGAAGGCGCUGCGGGUGCAGCAGGGCUCCGAGAGCAGCACCAGCUCCCAGCCUCAGUCUGAGGCCAUCCCAGCAGCGCGGCCGUUUCCCCGAAUCACAAAAAAAACAGGUAUAAAAGAAGAAAAGAGACAUCAAGAAGGAAGUGAGGUUGCUUCUCAGAGCAGCGUUACUAGAAAAUACGCCUCAGAUGAAACCACAGGAGUUGGCAUCAGUAAACUUCAAGUCAAGAGGUGUGACUCCAUGAGAGAGAAGCACACGCAGAAACAGCCAGAGAGGGGCACCUCACAGAAGGAGAAGUCGGUUCUGAUGCUCCUGCAGGGAGACGUGGGCUCUUGCAAUACUCAGACUGCAGAGAAGCCCGUGCUCGCUGCUGUGCCUGGCAUCCCACGGCACCUGACGAAGCGGCUUCGCACAAAGUCGCCGCAGAAGGCGGAGGUGGAAACCUUAAGGAAAGGGGACUCAGCAUUGAAUGUGAAAUGUGCAGCACAGGCCUUGGGAAAAAAGUGUAAAGCUAAGCCCAAAGUGAAUGUGAAGCCAUCUGUGGUUAAAGUCGUCUCAUCCCCCAGAUUGGCCCCAAAACACAAGGCAGUGGAGAUGCACCCUGCUGCCGUGGCAGCUGUGAAGCCACUCGGCCCCAGCAGUUUCCUGCAGGAGCGCCCAGCCAAAAGAGCAGCUGUGGCUGUUGUCCCCCUCCUCUCUGAGGACAGAUCAGUCGCUGUGCCUGCGACAGAAAAACCUAGAGACAGUCUUGUGCGGCCUCCAACCCAACCCUCUUCAGAUCCCACCCCACCAGAAAUAUCUGGCCCUUCUUCAUCCCAUAUGGCCGCGAAAACUCGCCGACUUAGCUCUGCCUCAACAGGAAAGCCCCCCCUUUCUGUGGAGGAUGAUUUUGAGAAAUUAAUAUGGGAGAUUUCAGGAGGCAAAUUAGAAGCUGAGAUUGACCUUGAUCCUGGGAAAGAUGAAGACGACCUUCUGCUUGAGCUGUCAGAAAUGAUUGAUAGCUGAAGGUGGUGGUAGAGCAUUUAAAACAAAAACAAUAAAAAACUGGACUUAGUUUCAUCAAUUACAACAUUUACCCAAAUGAUCAUUUCUUUAGUCUAGAAUUUGCCCAAGUUGAAAGUGUACCUCUGAAUUACCUAUAUGUGUGCUGGAUUCCCUGGGGUCAGAUUUUUUUAACUCCCUCGAUAACCAUUUUGUCCAUUUGAUGCCAUUAUUCAGCAUCUUAAGAGACAAAUGCUCUGUCUCACCCCCCUCUGCAGAAAGACUGAGAGGGGAUCCAGGCGAAAGGUGCAAGAGAAUUUACUUGUGACCCCCUGAGGUGUUGAUCAGUUUGGGUUUUUUUCCCCUUUGCUGUAUUAUGUCUUUUAUGUAUUGUCUUAAUGUACUUAAUGUUGUUAACCUGAAUUUGAAAAGGAUGAAGACAGCUGCUACCAUUAAGGACCAAAUUUCACACUACCGCUAAACAAAAAAUCCACUCAGUCUGUGUUAAAUUGUAUGUCUUUUCAAAGGUAUUUGGAUAUUCAACUAAGCUUUAGAGCGGGCUGAGCAGUUCGGGAAGCUUAUAAUCUGGACAUCACUUUGGGGGCCAGAUUUUCAUGCUUCUGCUGCUCUGUAAGCCUCUGAAGAGCAAUAGCUAAUUUAUUAUUACUGUAAUUUUUUAAGGCUUUAAAGUGCCUCAGGGGUCCUCUGAAACUAAUUUUCUAUUUCUGGGAUUCCCUGGAUUCUUAUUAAUAAGAGAUGGUGACAUAAUGAUUAGAGGAAUUCUCUUUUUAGUAUGAAAGUUGUCCCUUCUCUUCAUACUUGCCUCCUGCUAGCAUUGAGUUAUCACAGGGAUGAUAAAAAUUCAUUAAUUUUGCUAUUUCUAACUCUCCCAGCAAAUAAGGUCCUCUUACCCAGUAUUUACUUGGUGCCCUUUACCCACAAGAGGAAGAAAAUGACCUCACUCAAGCUGCCAGUAUUUAUGGACUGUAGCAGUGCCCGGAAUCAUGCUCUAGUGGACUAUUGCGAUGCCCUGGAGGUGUAUUGUAUACCUUCCAGUUUCUUCAUUUAUGAAUUGAAUUUUCUUUCUUGAUGUCGGUCUCCCUCAUACCACCUCAAGGUUUAUCAGACUUGUGAGGGAACAAGUAUGACGGGGUUACUAGUCUUGAAAGGAGACACAUUGUACAUAAUCAGAAGGAAGAGGAAAGGACGUGCCCCCGUGGGUGUUGCCCUAGGUGGCCGGCUCCAUGGACCUCUCACGGGAAUCUGACCCACCUGUCCUGUGGGCUCCCGAGGAACUGCUGUUGUAAGCGGCUCAUCAAGAGUGGAACGUCACAUGGCCUUGUCGGGAAUAUGGAAAAGGAAGGAAGCCACAGGACUGCCCUGUCUUGGGAAGAUCUGGAUGAUUCUGCACAAGUAAAAAUGACUUGAAAUUUAUGUAUAGACACCGUUCUACCGAUCCAUCUUCAGCUGACUGAAUGUUGUAUAAUAUCCCUUCUCCAAAGCAGAGGUGGAAUGUUCUGGUUUCAUCACAGAUUUUCUACUCAUUUCGUUUUUGGAAUCAGCCUGUAGAUUCCAAAUCCCUUUUGUAUAUAACCUUUAUGCUUUUCCCUUUUUAAAAGUACUUUUGUUUCAUAUUUAAAGUCCUUGUAUUAGUCAAUGAUUUAUGUUCAACAUUAUUUGAACCAAUUGCCAUUACAGAAAGAGAAAUACUUAUUUGUGUUUUAAAUAAAACUGGUGUAGGAAAGUCUUGAUGUUGUGAGUUAAGUAGUCGUGUAUCACCCUGGCCUGGGGUCUGCCUUGGUAGAGGCCCCAGUCAGAAUGUGGUUGGCCUUCUGUGUAAGUGUUGCUGUUUCACAGAUAGUAUUUGACUUUAGAAGUCUUUCACAAGGACAUAGAGCCAGACAUACCUACAACUAUACUCAGUUUUAACUUUAUUUGCUUUAGAUAAGAAUGAAUAUUGUAUCUGAGGAUUUUUUUCCAACACUGAUACUUAGUUAUUACCAUUGUAACUCCAGGGAUGCCAUUUUUUAAGGAGAGUGGGUUUAGAAAUUAUCUUAAAUCAACAAUUGAGAAUUUUCAAGCAUGAGGGCAUAUAAAAAUUUUACCUGGGAAAGUCCAGGUUUUUCAGUAGUGUGCCACAUUUUUGUUAGGGGAAUAUGUAUAAAUUUGUUGGAUACCAAAGAACACAGAUUUUUCUUAAUAGUGGUCUAAAAGUAGUCCUAACAAGUUGAAAUAACUUUUCAUAAAGAACAGGUAUUUCAUCUUGAGUGAUGGUAGUUUUCAGUUGUAACUGUUAAGAAGAGAACCUAAAUGUCACAGUUUGGCUGUAGCCAGAAAUUUCAAGAUUGUUUGCAACUCAUAACAUUUGUCUCAAAUGAUCCCUAAAGUUAUGACCUUAACCUCAAAUUUCAGUGAGUCUUCUCCUUAUGUGGCCAGAACAUAGUUAAUUUUCAUUUUGGCCAGUCUUCAAAACCAUAGAGAUGGGACUGAUGUUUAAUUACAGCUCAGAAAUCAAGCUUCAUCUAUGUAGACCAAAAUUCUAUGCUCCUUUUGUGGCUUCAUUUUGAGAGACUAUUUCUGCAAUUCUUUAAAAUAUUUGAUUGCUUUGAAUUUGUUUAGCAACAGAAAAGUGGUUUCCAGUUGCUGUUUAAUAGGUAAAACUAUUUUUUACUAGCUAACAUUCAUUGAGUACUAUGUACCUCUUAAUUCACAUAUUCAUUUGACACCACAUCCUGCAUGGUAUUGGAAAAUCACUGCCUUUUUUCCCUACUAUAAUGUCAAAGUCAGUGUGUUUGGAUUUAACAAUAAGAAAGUAUAUUCUUACAUGCAAUUGAGUUUGAUUCAUUGAGUCAAGAGCUUUUUUUAAAGUCCAAUGUUAGAAAACUUGCUCAAUAAAUCUUUGAAAGUUUCCCACAUCCCACAUUUGACUCCAUUAAUCAUUUACCCUCCAAACUGUACUUCAAUUUAUUUGAAUUUGCAAAAUGGUGUUUGUUAAGGAUAUGAGCACAAAGAAAAUACUUGACCAUUUUCUUAACACUGCCCAAUAAAAUGGGCAAAGAAUAAGCAAAGAUCCUAAAUAAGAACAGCAAUCCAGAAUUUGAUUUUGCUUUUAAUGUAUUUAUUUGGGGUUCACAAGGUGAACUGAGGGCCUAUUAAUAAACUAUAUUUUAUUGUAUUCAA